GUUUGGGGUAGCAUUCGUUCGUCCAACAUCAACAUUGCUGCCCGAUGGAACUCGUCGCGUAGCCCAUUUAAUGCUCUUGGCCGUUCCCAUGUGUUUUGAGUCUUCUUGAUCCUUUGCUGUCCUGUAUUACUCUCUGUACUCGCUGCUUCGUUCCGUGAUCCACAAUGUCAGGCAAAACCUCAUCUCCAGCGCCCCACGGUUCAAGUGGGGGCUCGGAGAAGCACCAAGAAGACAUUGAGAAGCGACGAGAAGUGACAGAACAACCGCUCCCUUCGUCUACUUCAGAUAAUGAGCAGGAUGACGAUGACGACGAUGUACGAGACACAUCAAACCAGCCGGCACAGGACCUUGAAAGGAUGAGCACUCUUGGCACAGUCCUGAGCAGGCUACGUUCGCGACGAAGCGCCGUGAUUGAACCACCGCCUGACGGAGGCUUGAGAGCUUGGAUGGUUGUGUUUAGCACGCAUCUAGUAAUGAUGGAUACUUGGGGUAUCAUUAAUUCUUUCGGUGUCUUUCAGCCGUACUACAUGGACAAGCUGAACCGCCCGCCCGCGGAUAUUUCUUGGAUCGGUUCAUUUGAGGUUUUCCUCCUCUUCUUCAUUGGCACCUUCGCGGGCCGUCUAACCGAUGCCGGCUACUUCCGCCCUCUAUACAUCGUGGGCGUUAUACUCGUCAGCUUGGGCACGUUGAUGACUUCCUUCUGUUCCACCUACUGGCAGUUCUUUCUUGCACAAGGCAUUUGCGUGGGCCUCGGCAACGGCCUCCUCUUCUGCCCGUGCAUGGCCGUCACUUCGACCUACUUUGCGAAGAAACGAUCACUUGCCUUUGGCCUCACCGCAGCCGGCAGUACCACAGGUGGACUAAUUUUCCCAAGCAUGGUGAGGCAACUCCUUCCCCAGAUUGGGUUCGCAUGGACGAUUCGCUCCAUAGCCUUGAUCCAGUUCGCGACGCUCAUCUUGGCCGGCUUCUUCAUGAAGUCGCGAAUCCCACCCCGCAGCGCAGGGCCGUUGGUCGAGUGGGCAGCCUUCAGAGACUUAGAAUACACUUUCUAUGCCAUCGGCGCCUACCUGGCAUUCUGGUCGACAUAUUUCGCAUUUCACUAUCUCGCCGCAUUUUCUCGCGAUAUCCUCGGCAUGUCCUACUCCUCCUCGCUAGACCUACUCCUAGUUCUCAACGGUAUCGGUGGCCCUGGUCGGGUUAUUCCUGCAUAUAUCGGAGAUAAAAUCGGUCCCGUCAACGUAUACAUGAGCUGCACACUAGUAGCGGGCUUGAUCAUGUACUGCUGGGCCGCCGUCGAUUCCGUUGCAGGCUUGUACGUGUGGGCCAGUUUCUAUGGCAUUGCAGUUGGCGGUGUCCAAAGUGUGUUCCCUGCUGGUCUGACGAGUCUCACAGCAGACCCGCAGAAGCAGGGGACGCGAAUGGGCAUGGUCUUUACGAUCGUGAGCUUUGCCACGUUGACGGGUUCGCCCAUAGCUGGAGCAAUCAUCAGUUCUCAAGGGGGUAAAUAUGUUGGCGCACAAGUCUUUUCAGGGACUUCAAUGGUGUUGGCGACGGUAUUCAUUGCUGCGGCAAGGGCAGUCAAGACGCGAAAGACAGGGCUGGCCAUCUUCUCUCUGGCAAAGGUAUAAAUCCAGACAAAUGUGGAUUAAUAGUAUUAACAUGCACUCUAUACUUUUUAAAUUGGCGAAUCAAAAGCAUAUUAUUUCUAUUA